AUUUCUCCCUGUCGAGCUGGAAGGUGGCAGAGCCCGUGGUGGAAAGGACAGCGAGGGAUAACCCCAGCCACCCAGCUCCUCCGCGGGCAGGGAGAGGGGCUUGUACCCCUGCCCUGCUGCAGCUAUGGGGGGCCAGCUGCACGCCUCCUGGAUCUUCCCCUUGGUUUUGGCUGGCCUGAUUCAGCCGAACUGGGGGCAGGAGAAAGACAAGGUGAACUGCUACAGCAAUGUGGGUGGCACAGUCUAUGACUACGGGGCCCUCACCAUCGACGGGGAAGAGUACGUCCCCUUCAAGAAGUACGCGGGGAAGAUGAUCCUCUUCGUCAACGUGGCCACGUACUGAGGGCUCACCAUGCAGUACGUUGAACUGAAUGCACUACAAAGCGAACUGGGGCCCUAUGGACUCGUCAUCCUGGGCUUCCCCUCCAACCAGUUUGGGAAACAAGAACCCGGCCAGAACGCCGAGAUCCUUCCUGCCCUGAAAUACGUCCGCCCGGGGGGAGGCUUCGCCCCCAAUUUCCAGCUCUUCCAGAAGGGUGACGUGAAUGGGGAGAAGGAACAGAAGGUCUACACCUUCCUCAAGAACUCCUGCCCUCCCGUGGUGGAAAACUUUGGGGACCCCAAGAAGCUUUUCUGGGAGCCGCUGAAGAUCCACGACAUCAAGUGGAACUUCGAGAAGUUCCUGGUGGGGCCGGACGGGGUGCCGGUGAUGCGGUGGUACCACCGCGCCAACAUCGCCACGGUGAAGAACGACAUCGUGGAGUACAUGAAAGCCCAGCACCCGCUCUAGGAAGCCUGCGGGCACUUGAGAGACGGGGCGGGGUAGGCCGCCGUGCUUUAUCCAGAGCCGAAUCCCCCCAGGCUGUGCUCCUCGGCACCUGGAGCCCCCAGGAAUAUCCUUUUUCAGAUGCUUUCUGUGCCAGGGAAGGGGCUGGCAGGGCACCUGUCGACACAGCCCAGCCUGUCACGCUGCUCGGUGUGGACCGGCCCGGGCUACAGCUCCCACGACCAGUUCAGAACAGCCCUGUGCUUCCCACGACUCCAUAUUCAUUGCAGGUGCUCACUUGAGGCGGCAUCUUGUCCCCCACCCUGCUGCAGCCACCAGCCCCGUGCCCCCCACCGCUGCCCUCUCCAGCCACCCCGUUCAUCCCUUGUCCCCUCUGCAUUAUGGGUGCAUACCCAGGGACUUGUUCCCAUCUUGAGAUCCCCUCCACUAUGCCCUGUGUCACUAUUUAUUUGCUAGGACCCCCCCAAAAGGAUGACUCCCCUUUCCCCAUCUACUCUGCCAGCCUCAAUGAUGGAGCUGGCUGUUGCUGUCAGCUGGUGGCUGUGUCCUCAGUGGGGGGACAGGACCGUGCUUCAGGGCUUCUUGGAUAAGGUGCAUCGGCCCAUCCCACCCCACCCCUGCAGUGAAGCCCCCUUUAGCCUUAGGACGUGCCCGCUGGACUCUCCUCCUGCCCACCUCGGCUUGCUAGGAUGCGGGGUCUCUGCCUGUGCCAGCUUAGUGUCCUCUCACCUGUGAGUGAGAGCCAGGCCGGGCUCUGGGAGCCUGGAGGCCGCAUCACCAUGAAGGGCAGGCCCAAAGCCCCCACAGGGCGGGCCUGCCCCGAGCUGCCGGGUGCAGCACAGCUCUUCUAGUGCAUUCAAGCUGUGCUGCGGUCCCUGCAGAGAUGCGCGUCUCCCCUCUUCUCCGGGAGCCUGGCCCCCGCCCUCGCCUAGACCCGCAGCUGUAGACAUGCACAAUAAAGACUCUGCAAACACA